AUGUGGUUGAUGCGGUGCCAAUGUCUCGCAGCUGGUCAAAGGCACUUCCUCUUUGUUGAAUCGCUGGCAAGGUUCUCGGCCUGUAGACAAAGACGCGGGCGUUGGGAGACGUUCAACUGGACGAAACGAUGCAGGGCGGGAGAACAGUAG